UGUGCGUCACUUCCUGGCGCCGGGCCUGAGGCAGUCGACGCGCGGCCCGGGCGGCGGGCGCACAGGCACGAUGAGCGAGGCCGACGGGUUACGGCAGCGCCGGCCUCUCCGGCCGCAGGUCGUCACGGAUGACGGCCGGACCCCGGAGGCCAAGGGCGGCAGCUCCUUCAGUGGCAGAGUGUUCCGAGCCACCUUCCUGAUGCUGGCUGUGUCCCUGCUGGCCCCCCUGCUUGUAGCCGUGAUGCUGCUGGAUUCCCCCAUAGACCCACAGCCCCUCAGCUUCAAAGAACCCCCUCUCUUGCUCGGUGUUCUGCAACCAAACACAAAGUUACGACAGGCGGAACGGCUGUUUGAAAACCAACUUAUUGGGCCGGAGUCUAUAGCAAAUAUCGGGGAUGUGAUGUUCACUGGCACAGCAGAUGGCCGGGUCGUAAAGCUGGACCAUGGUGACGUAGAGACCAUCGCCCGGUUUGGCUCAGGCCCAUGCAAAACCCGAGGUGACGAGCCUGCGUGUGGGAGGCCCCUGGGCGUCCGGGCCGGGCCCAACGGGACCCUUUUUGUGGCCGAUGCUUACAAAGGGCUGUUUGAAGUGGACCCCAGGAAGCGGGAAGUAAAACAGCUGCUGUCCUCUGAGACCCCCAUCGAGGGCAGGAGGCUGUCCUUCGUGAACGAUCUUGCAGUCACGCGGGACGGGAGAAAGGUUUAUUUUACGGAUUCUAGCAGCAGGUGGCAGAGACAAGAUUACCUGCUUCUGCUUAUGGAGGGGACGGAUGACGGACGCCUGCUGGAGUAUGACACCAAGACCAGGGAGGUGACGGUUUUGCUGGACCGCCUGCGGUUCCCCAACGGAGUGCAGCUUUCUCCUGAGGAGGACUUUGUCCUGGUGGCGGAGACGACCAUGGCGAGAAUCAGGAGGUUCUACGUGUCCGGCCUGAUGAAGGGAGGGGCUGACCUGUUCGUGGAGAAUUUGCCUGGAUUCCCAGACAACAUCCGGGCCAGCAGCUCCGGGGGGUACUGGGUCGCCAUGGCAGCCGUUCGCUCCAACCCUGGAUUUUCCAUGUUGGAUUUCUUGUCCGAGAGACCCUAUCUUAAAAGAUUGAUUUUUAAGCUGCUGGGUCAGGAGACGGUGAUGAAGCUCGUGCCACGGUACAGCCUGGUCCUGGAGCUCAGCGACAGCGGGGCCUUCCGGAGGAGCCUGCACGACCCCGAUGGCCAGGUGGCCCCCUACGUGAGCGAGGUGCAACACAGAACACCGAGAACCAAAGGGGUGCCAGAUCUGCCCUAAAGCCAGCGAUGAGCUCCACCCGCUCACAGCGAGACCCCAGCUGAACAGACAGUUGCAGGCCCCCAGCACAGAGGAUUCGCACGGACGUGAAACAUGGGAGGGGGGCCUGCCUGCUGCCCCUCCCGGCCCCCCUGGAUUGGGGCAGUUGGGGCAGCUCCCCCGGAAGCAGAGAAACAGCCACGGAGCUGGUCCCCUCACAGAGGCCCUCCCAGCACAAGCUCACUGUUUAUGUCUAAUACGGUAUCAAAAUUUCUGCUCCAUUAGCUUGAAUUGCUCAAGACUGUCAACAAUCAUUAAAAUGAAAACGCAGUCAGGAAGAACGUUUCAAGACCGAGACCUUUGGUCGCGGGAAUGAAGCAAUUUCAAACCCUUGGAGGAAGUGUCUGAAGUCAGUACCUUCAUCACCCACGUUAAUGACCAGGCCGAGCCAAGCCCUGACCUCCUAGCAGCGGCAGGAAGCAAGCAACAAAGACAGUGGAAAUGCGCGAGGCAGAGGACAGAGAAACCAGAGAGUGUUCUUCGAAAAGGUGGACAAAACUGGCAGACUGAUCCCAAAGGGAGGAGAGACUCAAAUGACAAAAUCAGGCCUGAACAGGGGACAACAUCAGGGGCCACACAGAGUGAGAAGGGCCGUGGGCGGCCGUGGGGAGCUGCGGGGCAGCACGGCAGGCAGCCCUCGUGCAGUGGGCGCGGAUGCCUAGACCGACUCCGCAGGGAACAGGUCUGAAUACAUUUAUGAUGAGAGGUUGACCUGGUCAUAAAAAAGCUUCCCACCAAGAAAAACCCAGAACCAGGUGCUUCCCUGGCGAACUGUUGACAAGUGCGAAGAAAAAUAAGUGAGCGUUCAGUUUGGGCAAAGAGAAAAAAACCCCAACAAAAUUGGCCUUAGAAGAGGCGAGAGAGGAAAUUAAGUUCCACAAAGGCAGGAACUGAUGAAUUUGAAAACAGAAAAUGAGGAGGAACAAGUAAUCUUCAGCUGACUUGAGACACACACGUGGGUGUGUACUCAGAAGCUCCGAGAGCACACCUGCGCUACACGGACACGUAGGCUCACACACGGGCACACCAGAAACUCAGCCUCAGAAGACAGUUCAAAUGAGAAAGCGGGAGAAACCCCAGAUACAGAAAAAAGUUCACAUUCAGAAGGAAUACCUUGCUUAACUCUACGUAAAUAAAUCUGAAAACUCAUGUGGACCAGGUGACUAAUUGCGGAAGACCCAGAUCCCAGCCAGAUCCCAGCUGAGACGCUGUUGGAUUACUCCAAGAAGCUCCACCUGGGUGAGAGCUGACCCAGGCGGGAGCAGUGUCCAGGGUGCCCUGGAGGCUGAGGGAACAGGGCAGGGGCAGGGGCAGGUCUACCGGGUGCUGCCCUGGCCGUGAACCGCAUCCGUGUGAACGCGAUGCGCCGUUGUUUCCCCGGCACCCGGGGCCCGACUCUGGAGAACCGAGCGUUGGCGCAGGGGCCAUGCAGCAGGUGGGAAGACGCUAAUUUUUCACCACACAACCAUCUGGCUGAUUUUUUUUUUACCACGCUUUUGUCAUUUUCUAAUGAAAAAAAAGGGGAAAAAAAAAAGAGUUUCAUGGAAAAUGCCAAAGAGACUUCCCAUGCUUAUCAACAGCCCUGGACACAGGGAGAGCUUGAGAUGUCAGUCAAGGCACGUGUCCUGACUGCUGCGAUGACCUGUGCGUCCUGCUGGUCAGAUGCUGUUGGCAGCGACACUCCGGGCUUGUGGCCCAAAGUUCUCUUUUUUCCAGUGGUGAUUCUAACCCAUCCCUUUACCACAAAAUAGUAAAACUGGGUUGGCAGGGUGGUUUCUGAAAUGAGAAUGGUGGUUAAUGCCCACAGCUGUCAGUCUUUAGCAAAAAUUUGUCAUACUAUACAAAGAAUUAAAUGCGUCCUCCAUUAAAAA